CACCAGACUUGACAAGAUACUUUUGUACGAGGAUAAGGAUAAGAUUAACUUACAAAAACGGACAGACACUAAUUCUCUCGGCCACACACCGCUACGAAGAUGUCUUCCGAGCCCUGGGCACCUGAUUCUUGGAGGAACAAGCCUGCAGCACAAGAUGUGAUCUACCCUGAUAGAGAGAAACUGGACAAAGUCCUGAACAAGAUCCGCACGCUACCGCCGCUAGUCACUCCGUCAGAGAUCGAGCGACUUCGUCACAGCUUGGCUCAAGUACAGCGCAAUGAGGCCUUCUUACUCCAUGCAGGGGACUGCGCGGAGAGUUUUGACGCAUGCACUCAAGAGAAUAUUUCCAAUAAGAUCGGCCUGAUCCUGUCAUUUUCUCUCAUUCUUAUAUGGGGUGCACGGAUGCCAGUUGUACGAAUAGGCCGAAUUGCUGGCCAGUACGCAAAACCUCGCAGUAGCCCAAUGGAGAAGAUUGGAGACCGCGAGGUCACGAGUUUCCGAGGAGACAACGUAAACGGGCUUGACCCAAACGACAGGACGCCAGACCCUGAGAGACUCCUAAGUGCCUACUUCCACUCAACAACGACGCUCAACUACGUCCGCGGCCUUCUCACCUCCGGGUUUGCCUCCCUCCACCACCCGCGCGACUGGUCACUUUCCCACGUGCGUUCUCCUGCGCUCCGCGAGGAGUUCGAGCGCAUCAACGAGGGCCUGUCUGACGCGCUGGACUUCACGCGCACGAUCGGCUUCGGCAGCCAGCAUGCGAGCUACGAGCAGGGUGGCGGACGCGGCGUGCUCGGCGAGGUCGACUUUUACACCAGCCACGAGGGCCUGAUGCUCGAUUUUGAAGAGGCCAUGACGCGCGAAUUCGCCAUCCCGUCCUCGAUCCCCACCGCGGAGGGCUCUCCGGCGCCCGCAGCGCGGCGCGUGCACUACAACACGAGCGCGCACUUCCUCUGGAUCGGCGACCGCACGCGGCAGCUCACCGGGGCGCACGUCGAGUACUUCCGCGGGAUCCGCAACCCUAUUGGUGUCAAGGUGGGGCCGAGCAUGGAGGCAGCGGAGCUCGUGCGGCUACUCAACAUCGUGAACCCGGACAAGGAAGAGGGCAGGGUCACGUUGAUCACGCGGUACGGGGCGGGUAAGAUCGAAAACCACCUCGCGAGUCACAUCACCGCUGUCCAACAGUCUGGACACCCCGUCGCCUGGAUCAGCGAUCCCAUGCACGGAAACACGCUAACGUCCUCGAGCGGUCUCAAGACGCGUAACUUUGGGACGAUCAUUAGCGAGCUGACGGCGUGCAUGCGCAUCCACGCCGAGUGCGGCUCGCGCAUGAACGGCGUGAGCCUCGAGUUCACGGGCGAGCUGAGCGAGGACGGGUUCAGUGUCACGGAGUGCCUCGGUGGGAGCAUGGAGCUCAGCGAGGAGCAGCUCGGGCUACGCUACCAGUCCUUCUGCGAUCCCCGGUUGAACUUCGAGCAGUCGUUAGAUGUUGCGUUCCUGAUUUCCAACAACUUCAAAAAGGCACGCCGAGGACGCAAGCGUGCCGAUAGUGAUGUCCUGUAUGCGGCGCUGGGUGGGCGGAAGCCCGUAGCAACAGCGUGAGCAGCGACGCCUUGAUCGCUGGCCCCUCUUAAGGCUCGUACACAUCUUGCGAGAUGAGAGUCAAUGCUGUAUCUUGUAGUCACCUUGAUGUAGCAACACAUAUUAUUAGGACC